UACAACGAGCUGAGCAGGCUGGUGAGACAAUUCGGCAUACCAAUGUCCCUACGCCCUAAGAUAUGGUCUGAGCUCUGCGGUGCAAAGUCGCUACGGAACCCUACAGAGUACUACACCCUGCUACACGAUGAAUCGCUUGUCAAUGCCGAAGCUGAGUCGCAGAUCGAGCUGGACUUGUACAGAACUAUGCCCUACAACGUGUUCUUCAAGGACAAUGGCCCUGGCUUGGAUAAGCUACAGAACGUUCUGAUUGCCUUCAGCCGGAAGUACCCGCACGUUGGCUACUGUCAAGGCAUGAACUUCCUCGUAGGCAACCUGCUACUGGUCUAUCAUAACGAUGAGGAUGUAUUCUGGACGUUUGUUGGGCUGUUUGAGAACGUUCUGCCCAAUGGGUUCUUCAAUCUGGCAAGCAUCAAGAGCGACUUGAAGCUGGUGAAGCAGAACUUCAAGGAACAGCUUCCCAAGCUGAACUCGCAUUUCAGGCUCUUCAACGUCGAACUUGAACCGAUAUGCUUCAACUGGAUUAUGUCACUGUUCACAGACUCUCUGAGUGCACAUCUCGUGUUCAGGAUAUGGGACAGCCUCAUGCUGAACGGGUACACGGAGAUAUACAAGACUGUUAUUGCUCUGUUCAGGAUAUUUGAGGAUAAGCUCAUGCUGCUAAGGGAGAACGUUGCCAUAUACGAGUUCAUGAAG